AUGAACGUGCGGUUGCCCAAGACUGUGAAAAAACUAUAUACGCUGGUGGAGAAAUUUGCCCAGAUGGAAGAAGGAAGGAAGUUGCCCAGAGAGAAAGAUUGCAUUAAUGUUGAUUCAGAAGAUGAGGAUGAAUCAGCUAGUCAGAAAAAGGGGAAGAAGCGCAAUAAGAAGCCGAGGGAUAAGGCAGUAGUGACUGUGGAAGGAUCGGGCAUGCCUACUACCGGCAAGAAGGCCAAGGUUGAGGCCCCGGGCAAGGAAGCUGCCGCGUGCGCUGCCUGCCGGGAAGCCGCUGUCGCCGAACAAGUUGGGAAAGGCGAUGGGCCGUACUACAAGAUCCACCGGACCAAAGGCCAUGACCUUCAGGAGUGUUAUCAGGUUGAGCAGCUUGCGAAGAAACAGAGGGCAGAGUAUGAUAAGCGUGAUAAGGAAAAAGGUCAGAAUGUUGCAGGCGCCCCCGCGCCGCUGGCCCGCCAGGCCCGGGACGGGCCCCCGAGCCCGGCCGCGCCUCCGCCGCCCGCGCGCUCCUCCGCCGCCCGCCUUCCCCGUCGCCGGAGCGCCGGCGCCCCGCUCCGCCGCCCGCCGGACUCGCCGGCUCCACCUCCCGCGCCGUACGCCGCCGCCUCGCCGCGGAUCCGGCGAGCCGCCACCCGGAUCCGGCCGGCCCCGACUCCCCGCGCCUCCCACCUCGCGCCCUCACCUCCGGCUGCCGCCUCCUCGCCGGAGAAGCCCGCCGGCGGCCGCCCCGUCCUAGAUCCGGCCGGGUGGGAUGAGAUCCACCCGGUCCCGAACCAAACGCUGCGCCCGUCCCGGAUCUCCUCGUCCCGGGACCGUCCCGUCCCUUUACCCGUGAGUGUUAUGGACAAACCCAUCAAGAAGCUGAAAGUUAAUAAACCAGCCAAAGAUCCCAAGGUUGCUGACCCGGAGAAACAGACAAUGUCUAAGUCUUUUCACCAAACUUCUGAAGCAGCCAUGGAUGAUCCGCCGCCAGAAGAGCGCCCUGUCACCAUGGCAUCCAUGAAUGUUGACCCAGAGAAUGCUAAACCGCCCAGUCCCGCUCAGCCGGCUCAAGAAACUAGAGACUUUAGUGCUCAAGAGAUUCAUUCAGGAUAUCUAAACCGCCUUCACUCAAGCUGUGACUUUGAGGCCGGCAUGGUCAACCUCAUGAAGGAGCGUUUUGAGGCUGAAUUGAACAUGAAAGAAUCUCAAGUGGUGGAUCUGAGGCAAAAUAUCCAAUCCCAACAAGCAGAAACUUCAAUGGCCAAGGAAGAACUGACAACCUCCUUAGAAAAUAUUGAGAAGUUGAAAAAAGAUUUUAGCACUGAGAGAACCAGCUGGGACUCCGAGAAAGCGGCUCUAUUGAAAAGAGCAGAAGAUGCCAAAGUUGCCCUUAAACCGGCUCUAGAAGCUCCAAGCUAG